AGAGAACAAGGGAAUACCGGAGGAAGAGCUUCUCCGGCAGCAACAAGAACUCUUUGCAAAGGAAAAAGAAGAACCAGGAAAAGGGGGAAGAGGGAGGAAGAAACACAUAAAAGUUGCCUGCACUGUCCCCAAAUCCAGAGGCUUGUGUGGACAGAGAUCAACUCCCCCACCCAGUGUGUAUGAUGGACUGGGGGGCUGAGCUGUGGGACCAAUACGACAACAUAGAACGUCACACCCAGUGGGGGCUGGAUUUAGUGGAAAAGUACGUGAAGUUUGUGAAGGAACGCACAGAGAUCGAACAGGCUUACGCUAAGCAGCUGAGGAAUCUGGUCAAAAGGUACAGCCCCAAGAGAUUGUCCAAAGACGACCAUGAAUUGAGGUUUUCCCAGUUUCGGGCCUUCACGGAUAUCCUGAACGAGCUGAACGACUAUGCGGGUCAGCGGGAGGUCAUCGCCGAAAACCUGAUGCAAAACAUCUGUGUUGAGUUACUGAGAUUCUCCCAGGACUUAAAGCAAGAGCGAAAGGCGCAUCUUCAGGAAGGGAGGAAAGCCCAGCAACAUCUGGACAGUAGCUUCAAACAGCUGGACAGUGCGAAGAAGAAGUUCGAGCGGGACUGCAGGGAGGCAGAGAAGGCACUGCAGAGCGCCGAGCGAGUGGACAACGACAUCAACACCACCAAGGCCGACGUGGAGAAGGCUAAACAGCAGGCGAACCUGCGGAAUCACAUGGCCGACGAGAGUAAGAAUGAAUACGCUUCGCAGCUUCAGAAAUACAACAGGGACCAGAACACGUUUUACUUCACAGAAAUGCCGCAGGUCUUCGACAAGCUGCAGGAAAUGGAUGGCCGGCGACUACACAAGCUGUGUGACACGUACCGGCUGUUUGCUGACACCGAGCAGCAGGUCACCCCCAUCAUCGGCAAGUGUCUGGAGGGGGUGCUCAAAGCUGCCAACUCAGUGGACGAGAACCAGGAUUCCCGGAUUCUGAUCGAGAGCUAUAAGUCCGGCUUCGAGCGCCCGUCGGAGCUGGAGUUUGAGGAUUACAGUCAGAUCAUUAACCGGACCUCGUCUGAGAACAGCCUGGGCUCCGUCAAGUCCGACUGCAGGACAGAGCAGCGGAGCAAGAGCAAGGGCAAGCGAUGGCUGUUCGGUAAAAAGUCCAAGCACACGGUCUCUGAGGACUUCAGCCACCUGCCCCCCGAACAGCGCAGGAAGAAGCUGCAGCAGAAAAUCCAGACUCUGAACAAGGAGCUGCAGAAACAAGUGGAUCAGAGGGAAGCGUUGGAUAAGAUGAAAGACGUUUAUGAGAAGAACCCGCAGAUGGGGGACCCCGGCAGCCUGGAGCCCGGCAUCGCCGAGACCAACCGCUACAUGGAGAGACUUCACCAGGAGCUGCAGAAAUACCAGGCCUGGCUGGGGGACGCGGAGAGCAAGAUGGUUUCCCGGAGUUAUGUUCAGAACAUCAGCGGCGAUCGGUCUCCAAACCUGAACAAUGGCUCCCACGACAAGGAGAGCAGCCCCGAUACUACGUACUCGGAUGAAGGGGGUCUGGAGCCGCUGCCCUCCACCCCCUCGGAACUUGACGACUUCGAAGAGGAAGGUUUGGCUCCCGCCAUCGGUAGCUCCACAGCCCUGUAUUCCUUUGACGGCAACAGUGAAGGAACCAUUUCGAUGGCAGAGGGAGAGACCCUGCAGCUGAUCGAGGAGGACAAGGGCGACGGGUGGACGCGGGUCAGACGGGGGGACGGAGAAGAAGGUUACAUCCCCACGUCCUACGUGCAGAUCUCUCUGGACAGGAAGUGAGGCGGGGUGGGCCGGGCGGGGCAAGGCGGGUGGGGUCUAAUCGGAGGCGAGAGGUCAGUGGUGCGGAGAGUUGGAUGGACUACGAAGUCCCGUUCCCCCCCCCCCCCC